UGCGCCUUCAGCUGGCUGCCGACGCCCGUGUCCAUACAUACCGUUGUUUGCACUGGUCAUUGCGGCUUUUUUCUAUUUUGGAAAGCCGUUGUUCGUUUGGUUUGAAUCUUUGUUGACUGCUGCGCCCGAUUGAACGUUUUGAAGUGAUUCACACACACGGACGAUGCAAUGACGGCGGUUUUUGGUACUUCCCACCGUCCCAUUCCACGACAGCCGGGUUCCAGUGAGAAUGUUGGGCCAUAUGUCGAUGUUGUUACUUGGAUACUCUUGAUUACCUCCGCGCUGGCGGUUCUUACUAGGCUGAUUACGAAGCGCGCACUGAGGAGAAGCAUCGAUGUUGAUGAUGCUUUUGUUAUUGCGGCUCUGAUUGUGAGCAUCGGCUCUGGCAUAUCCGUCAGCGUGCAGACAGCAAAUGGGCUGGGCCGGGACAUCUCAUCAUUGGCGGACAACCAGAUCGUGGCGUACCAAAAGAGUGAAUAUGCAAACAAGUUGCUUUACAUUGCCACCUUGGCUUUCGCGAAGCUGUCUAUCAUCUCGCUGCUCAUGAUUCUCACGGCGUCAGACCUGCAUCGCAAUCUGGGCAUAAUCUUGACAGUAUUUAUCGCGCUAUGGGGCAUCGUAUCGGAGUUCGUUACUGCUUUCCAGUGCGGUACUGUCGAGCCAUGGCGCUUCUUUGGCCCAGAGGUUCACUGCCUUGACUUGACUUCAUUUUGGCGCGGCAUGGGCAUCAUCAACAUGAUCACUGACCUGGCACUAAUACUGUUCCCCCUGCAUGUUAUUGUCACGCUACAAAUGAGCAUGAGCAAGAAGAUUACUAUUCUGACCUUUUUUGGCGCACGGUCAAUAGACAUCAUUGCAACCGCUGUUCAAAUGGCAUACCUAUAUGGCUUUUCUUCUCCCAAUCCAACUCGAGACCUCUGGAAGUGGACAGUUGUCACCCAGAUCAUCGAGUGUAUCACCAUCCUCACAUCAUGCGUUCCUUAUCUCAGACCACUCCUUGAGUCUUUGCCUUCAGGCAUGUACGGCUCCGAUGAGCUCCGCCGCCGCGGCACACCAUCCGAGCUGGGCUACUCGCGCAGCAAAAGCGGCUCUUAUCAACUCAGCAGCAACGGGUCCAAAAUCGAAGGAGGGACAAGGCAUAGCAGGAAGAGCCAGACGGAAGGUGGCAUCAAGCGGUUUCUACCGAUGCUCUCGCAAGAAAAGACGACGCAUUCGAACUCUGCAUCCGGGCUUCCUGGGGGUCCGAGGCGUCCAGAUGGAGAGAUUGACGUGGAGAUUACGGCAAUGAACCACCGCCUUGGUGACGACAAAAAGUGGGAGACUGAAAGUACGGGAAGUCACUCGAAGAUCUUGAAGACGACUGUUAUGAGUACGGAGUGGGAGGAGGCUCAGCGAAGGAGUAGAGAUGCUUCGAGUGACGACAUUGAAGUCGUGAAGUGAGCAAGUCGUACUCCGAUGAAAGGGC